AUGACAAGCAAGACCUGGUUCCUCCCUCCCGACUUCACCUUCCUCCCCGACGGGCAAAUCGCCCUGGGCAAUGUCAUCCCCGACCCCAGGCGGCCGACCGCCACACUCGCCUCCCUCGCCUCUCACCCAACCAUCGUGCUGCCCACAGCCCAGUCCAUCGCCGAGAAGAACCGCAGCUUCACGGUCGAGAAGAGCCGGUCCUUUGGGCCCAAGCUCUUGGCGUUGUUCCUUGACUUUGCCGGCGCCAACGGCAAGACCGACCUGUCGCGGCACAAGAGCCAGUCUUUUUGGCGCCGCGGACCACGAGCGGGGCGGUUCGGCCCGCGGCACGUAUACGUCAUCUCCGGGUUGCGCUUGGCGCGGCAGAGCUUCAUGGCUACGGACGAGCAGGAGAAGAAGACGAAGGUCGACGUCGGGGGUUUCGGGGCCUGUACCUGCUGGCACUAUGCCCUUCCAACUGGAGGGCAAUUUCUCGAGGAGUAG